CUCGACAAACAUCACCCUUUGGCUUCCAGCCAUUUCCUCUUACCCAAUACUACAGCCCUACGAAGCGCCUUUGAUGCGAUAGUUGGCCCGCCCAACUCUGCCCACAAUGGAUGCCGCCGCCAUUCGAAGCUGCAUCGCUGCGACGCUCGACGCUGAUGCCGACGUCCGUCGGAGGGCUGAGAUUCAGCUGAAGCAGGCCGAGGGCCAACCUGGUUUCACAGAUGUCCUACUGGAUCUCGUCCAGUCAGAGCAAAAUGGCAACCUUCAGCUCCCAACCGUCAUCUAUCUCAAGAACCGGGUCAACCGUGCCUGGGAACGUUCUGAAUACUACCUAAACGAUACGUUGAUAUCCGACGAUGAGAAGGCGCGCUUCCGAGAACGGUUAUUGCCUAUCCUCGCAGGCUCCCAAAACCUGGUGCGGCAUCAGCUCGUGCCGAUUCUGCAGCGUAUCCUGCACUUCGACUUUCCCGACAAAUGGCCGACGUUCAUGGACUACGCCGUGCAGCUUCUCAACACCAACGAUGCACGGUCGGUCCUGGCCGGCUUGCAGUGUCUAUUGGCAGUGUGCCGGGCCUACCGUUUCAAGGCGAGCGAUAGCGAUAGCAGAGCUCACUUCGACAAGAUCAUCGAGGCCACUUUCCCUCGGUUGUUGGUGAUAUGCAGCGAGUUGGUGAACCAGGAUAGCGAUGACGCUGGCGAGAUGCUACACAUUGCCCUCAAGUGUUACAAGCAUGCAACAUGGCUUGAACUUUGUGACUUCCUCCGCCAGAGCGCUGUCAAUCUCGGAUGGUGCACUGUCUUCCUUCAGACCGUAUCCAAGCCCAUUCCCGAAUCUGCCAUGGUAGGCGAACCCUUGGAACGGGAGCGUCACCAUUGGUGGAAGGCCAAGAAGUGGGCGUACUUCAAUUUGAACCGCCUGUAUAUCAGACAUGGCAACAUGCAGUCAGCUCUGGACAGGUCGGUGGAGCCACCAACACGGUUUAUCAAGGAAUUCUCAGCCCAGGUCGCCCCGGAGAUCCUCAAACACUACCUCCAGGAGAUCGAGAAAUGGGUGGCCAAGACCAUCUGGCUCAGCCGGCCUUGCCUUUCCUACACAAUCGUGUUCCUGGAUGAGUGCAUUCGGCCCAAGGAUAUGUGGGCGCAUCUGAAGCCGCAUUUGACCAACCUAGUUACUCACUUCAUCUUCCCGGUCCUUUGCCUAACAGAGGAGGACAUCGAGAAGUUUGAGGAUGAGCCUGAGGAGUACCUCCACCGGAAACUCAACUUUUUCGAGGAGGUUUCUGCGCCGGACGUUUCGGCCACUAACUUCUUAGUCACGCUGACCAAGGCGAGGAGGAAACAGACUUUCGAGCUUCUCACCUUCAUUAACCAGGUGGUCAACGAGUACGAGCAAGCGCCUGAGGGGAGCAAGAACCACAUCGCGAAGGAAGGUGCUCUGCGCAUGAUCGGCACCCUUGCACCCGUCAUCCUAGGCAAGAAGUCACCGAUAGCAUCCCAGGUGGAAUACUUCAUCGUUCGCUAUGUUUUCCCAGACUUCACCAGCGAGCAGGGGUUCCUUCGCGCUCGUGCUUGCGAUACCAUCGAGAAGUUUGAGCAACUGGACUUCAAGGAUCAAAGCAACCUUCUCGCCGUCUACAGACACAUUCUCGACCGCAUGGCCGACCCGAAACUGCCCGUUCGUGUGACAGCAGCCCUGGCGCUGCAGCCGCUGAUUAGGCACGACAUCAUCCGGGCGAGCAUGCAGACGAGCAUCCCGACCAUUAUGCAGCAGCUCUUGAAGUUGGCCAACGAGGCUGAUAUUGAUGCCCUAGCCAAUGUCAUGGAGGACUUUGUUGAAGUGUUCGCUGCAGAGCUCACUCCAUUCGCUGUGGCUCUGAGUGAACAGCUCCGCGACACGUACUUGCGUAUCGUCAGGGAGUUGCUGGAGAACAGCGACAAGCGGGACGAUCUUGACAACGAGUACGGCGACUUCCUCGAUGACAAGAGCAUCACAGCUCUGGGAGUCCUACAAACCAUCGGCACUCUCAUCCUCACGCUCGAGAGCACACCGGACAUCCUGCUCCAUAUUGAGAGUGUAUUGAUGCCUGUUAUUCAAAUCACCCUCGAGAACAAGCUCUACGACUUAUACAACGAGGUGUUCGAAAUCAUUGACAGCUGCACAUUUGCCGCCAAGCAGAUCUCACCUACCAUGUGGAAGGCAUUUGAGCUUGUUCAUGCAACGUUCAAGUCCGGCGCCGAACUCUACCUUGAGGACAUGCUGCCGGCGCUGGACAACUUUGUGCAGUACGGCGCGCCACAACUCAUGGAGAAGCCCGAGUAUGUGGAGGCGCUAUUCUCGAUGGUUUCGGAUAUGUUCACCGACAAUAAGGUUGGCGGUGUUGACCGGAUAUGCGCUUGCAAGCUUGCAGAAGCCAUGAUGCUCAGCCUCCGAGGCCACAUCAACAACUGUGUCCACGGGUUUAUUAACAUGGCAAUGGGUGUCCUCGGCAGCGAAGAAGUGAAACUGAAGUCCUACAAAGUUCACCUGAUGGAGAUGAUCAUCAACGCCAUUUAUUACGACCCCAUCCUUUCACUUCAGAUCCUGGAGACUCAGGGCUGGACCAACAAGUUCUUCAGUCUGUGGUUCGGGAGCAUGGCGUCUUUCACGCGGGUCCAUGACAAACAAUUGUGCAUUUUGGCCAUCAUUGCGCUGCUUAAUAUCAAGCCGGACCAGAUUCCUGCCAGCGUUUCGGAAGGAUGGCCGAGACUGCUCCAGGGCAUCAAGAUCCUCUUUGACACACUUCCAGAAGCCAUGCGCAACCGUGAGGAGGCGCUCAAAGAUGAUUUCCAGUUCGACAGCGGGACAUACGGAUACGACGAGAGUGACGAUGAGUGGGACGAUGAGGAGGCAAACUGGAACGAGCCGGAAAAUGAAGAGGAGCCAAGCAGCGACGCCAAAGACGAAAGCACAGCUUAUUUGGAGUUCCUGAAUGAGGAGGCACAGAAGCUGAAGCCAGCAGACAUGGAAGAAUCCGGGGAUGAACUCGGUGAAGAUAGUGUGUUGCUGGAGUCGCCACUUGACAGGAUCGACCCUUACCUUGCCUUCAGAGAUUGUUUCAAGAAGCUGCAAGAAGAGCAACCUCAGCUCUGUGCGACGCUGCUAAAUCACCUUACUUCCGAAGAUCAAACGGCUCUUCUCGAAGUUUACCAGAGAGCGGAUACCCAAGAAAGGAUGGGCAUGCAGAGUCCAUUCCCUAUAUCGCGCCCGCGCGGCCCUGUGAACGGAGCAAGCUAGUGGCUUUCCUCAUCGACAUAUGCAGCGUCUAUUUUCGGGGGCUAGUUACGACCUGCUUCAGUUGACACUCGACCCCAUCCCGUCAUCC